AGUCACUCUCUCUCUAUCUGUUUCUCUCUCAAGGCUCUCUUUUGUCCCUUAUCAGUUUCGCAUUCUUAUUUUUCUCUCUUCUCCCACAGAUUUUCUCUUCUUUUUCCUCCAAGCCAAGCAACCCCGAGAAAGCAAGAGGAAAAUUUGACUUAUACACAGCGAAUAUCACGGGAAGGCAGAUUCUACGAAGAGCAAAUUUCUGCAAUUGAAUCAAUUCCCUUGGUGACCAAGUUAAUAUCCUCCGAUCUGCUCUUCUAACCCUAUUGAGAAUUCUACUGCCAAUUCGGCGAUUAUCCGCUUCUUUCAGCUCUUGUAAAGCCUUGGAUUUGGUACUGUGGGUUCCGUGCGGUUUCUUCUGUGGGCGGCCGUGCGAGGGUUGUUUGAUCUGCUGGGGUUUUGGAUUUGGUGCGGCGCAGGAUUUUUGGAUUUUUUUUUGUGUUGUUGGCUCAUGCCAGAUAAAUAGGUAGGUAGGCGGAUAAAUAGAUUAGAUUAGCGUUAGGGUUUUGUUGGUUUGAUGCCGCCAGAGCGAUUGCCAGGGGAUCGGAAAGACUUUUUUAAGGAGAGGAAGCCUCGAUGGAGGGAGUCGGCUUCAGGUCAUUAUGGAUCAUCUCGCGAUAUUUCUCGCUGGGGAGGAUCCAACGAGUUUCGCAGGCCUCCUGGUUAUGUUAAGCUGGGUGGAUGGCACCCGUUUGCUGAAGAAUCUGGCCAUGGGUAUGCACCUUUUCGGUCCAGUGACAGGAUACUGGAAGAAAAGAAUUUCCGUCCAUCAGUUUCACGAGGAGAUAGUAAAUAUGGAAGGAAUGGUAGGGAAAAUAGGGGAUCUUUUAGCCAGAGGGAUUGGAGAACUCAUUCGUGGGAAUUGAACAAUGGGUCUCCAAACGCGCCUGGGAGGCUGCAUGAUGCAAGUACUGUUCAGAGGUCACUUGAUGAUACAGUAAGUUACCCCUCCUCACAUCAUCAUUCUGAAUUUAUGAACACGUGGGAGCAGCUUCACUCAAAAGAUCAUCAUGAUAAUGGUAAGAUGGUUGUUGUCAAUGGGAUGGGCACAGGCCAAAGAGGUGAUAGAGAGAACUCACUGGAUUGGAAACCUCUUAAUAAGUGGACCCGCUCUGGAAGCUUGUCUUCUAGAGGAUCUGGUUUCAGCCAUUCAAGUAGCUCAAAGAGCCUCGGAGGUGCAGAUUCCUGUGAAGGAAAGGCUGAGUUGCAGCUUAAGAAUGCAUCUUUAGUCCAGUCUCCUUCUGGGGAUGCUGCUGCAUGUGUUACUUCGGCACCAUCUGAAGAAAUGGCUGCCAGGAAGAAACCGCGCCUUAAUUGGGGUGAGGGACUGGCAAAGUAUGAGAAGAAGAAAGUUGAAGGCCCUGAGGUGAAUUUAAGCAAAGAUGGAGUUGUUGUUUCUUCUAGUAAUAUAGAACCGAUCCAGUCGCAAAGUUCAAAUUUGGUUGAAAAGAGCCCCCAAGUCAUGGGAUUAUCUGAUUGUGCAUCGCCCACAACUCCUUCCUCUGUUGCCUGUUCCUCUCCAGGUGUAGAGGAGAAAACAUCUGGCAAGGGAAUAAGUCCUGAUAAUUUAUGUGGUUCACCCAGCAUUGGGUCCCAGAGCCAUAUUGAAGGUUUGUCUUUUAAUUUAGAGGUGCUGGAUGCUACUUCAGUAGCUAAUUUGGGUGCUUUGCUUGUUGAACUGCUUCAGUCUGAUGAUUCUAGUUCAGUGGACUCGAGUUUCAUAAGGUCUACUGCAAUGAAUAAGUUGCUUGUAUUGAAGGGUGGCACAUCGAAGGCAUUGGAGGUGACUGAAUCUGAAAUAGACUUGCUUGAAAAUGAACUUAAGUCGCUUAAAUUUGAAUCUGGAAGCAGAUAUCCUUGUCUAGCAGCAUCCAGUUCUUUCCCUUUAGUUGAUGAGGUAAAACUUUGCAGUGAACAGGGCGCUGCUGCUAACAUCCCUAGACCUUCUCCAUUGCAAGUUUCGUUUUGUGGGGCUGGGGAUGUGGAAAAGAUUCCUAUUUGUAAUGGUGUCUUGGAAGUUGUUCAUGGUGGUAGUAAGGAUGAUGACGUUGAUAGUCCUGGAACUGCCACAUCGAAAUUUGUUGAAUCAGUGUCUAUGGUGAAGGCAGUUUCUUCAUUUGAUUUGGUGAAUCAGGAUGCGCGUUCCGCUGAUGGGGGUGUAAUUCAGACAGCAACCUUGUUGAAAUCCGUUUUGCCUUGUACCAGUGAGCAAGUGAAUGCACCUACCUGCAUGGAUGUUAACUUACUUACAGAGAGCAAAGAAGGUGCAUCUUUUCCAAGUGAUGCCAGUUGUGCUGAAGAUAAUUUAUGUAAUCUAAUAUUGGCUGCCAAUAAAGAAUCUGCAAGCACAGCAUCUGAAGCAUUCAGUAAUUUAUCGCCUAGGGAUGAAUGUAAGAUUGAAUUUUCAGAAGUUGCCAAUGCUGCUUUAAGGCAGAAUGAUGCAUUAGUUAAAGAAAAAAUUGCUAUGAGGAAGCGGUUUUUGAAAUUUAAGGAGAGAGUUAUAACGCUUAAGUUGAAAGCCUUUCACCACCUGUGGAAGGAAGAUAUGCGCCUGCUUUCGAUAAGGAAAUACCGUGCAAAAUCUCAGAAGAAAUAUGAAUUGAACUUGCGAAUAACACAUAGUGGGUAUCAAAAAAAUCGUUCUUCAAUUCGAUCUCGAGUCUCUUCACUUGUUGGAAAUCUUUGUCUGGUCCCUACCACAGAGAUGCUUAACUUCACCAGCAAGCUGCUAUCAGUUUCUCAAUUGAAGCUUUGCAGGAAUGCUUUGAAAAUGCCAGCUUUAAUUUUGGACAAAAAAGAGAGGAUUGGCUCACGGUUUAUCUCCAGUAAUGGAUUAGUUGAAGAUCCAUGUGCCAUUGAGAAGGAAAGAGCUAUGAUCAAUCCCUGGAGCUCAGAGGAGAGAGAAACUUUCAUUGAUAAGUUAGCCACCUAUGGGAAGGAUUUCCGGAAAAUUGCUUCUUUUCUUGAUCACAAGACAACUGCAGAUUGUGUGGAAUUCUACUACAAAAACCACAAAUCUGAUUGUUUUGAGAAAACCAAAAAGAGUAAGCAAUCAAAGUCCUCUGCCAACUAUCUAGUGGCAUCUGGUAAGAAUUGGAGCCGCGAAAUGAAUGCUGCCUCACUUGAUAUUCUGGGUGCGGCUACAGUAAUAGCAGCUGAUGUUGACAAUGGUAUGGGAAAUCAACAGACGCAUUCUGGUAGAUUUUAUUUGGGAGGCUACUGUAAUUCAAAGCCAUCACAUGGUGGUGAUGGGAAUGUAGACCGAUCAAGCAAUGUUGACAUUCUUCAGAAUGAAAGAGAGACUGUUGCUGCAGACGUUUUAGCAGGCAUUUGUGGUUCAAUGUCCUCGGAGGCAAUGAGUUCCUGCAUCACUACUUCUGUUGAUCCUGGGGAGGGCUGCCGGGAGUGGAAGUCACAAAAGGUGGAUUUUGUCAAGAAACGGUCUUUGAUGGCUGAUGUUACACAGAAUGUUGAUGAAGAGACGUGUUCAGAUGAGAGUUGUGGGGAAAUGGAUCCUGCUGUUUGGACAGAUGAGGAGAAGUCCAUCUUUAUACGUGCUGUGUCUUCCUAUGGAAGGGAUUUUGCUAUGAUCUCACGGUGUGUAAGGACAAGGUCUAGGGACCAGUGUAAGGCAUUCUUUAGCAAGGCUCGGAAAUGCCUUAGUUUGGACUCUAUACAUCCUGGACCUGGAAACCUAGGAACACCAUUGAGCGAUGAUGCAAAUGGCGGUGGCGGUGGAAGUGACACAGAAGAUGGUGGUGCUCUCGAGUCUGGCUCGGUUAUCUGCAGUGAUAAGUUGGGCUCCAAGAUGGAUGAUAGCUUACCAUUGCCUGUCAUGGAUUCAAAGUUUGAGGAAUCUGAUGUUGUGGAGAGGAAAAAUUUGACUACUGGCUUAAAUAGAUCAAAGGACAGCAAUGUUACCACACAAUUAGGUGAGAAUGACACGAGGAAUGAAAAAACAUUUGUUUCUGAUGCUUGCCAGAUGGACUGCCAGCCUGAGCAAACUUUUGACAUUGAAAACAAUGGCUUUGUCCGCCAAUCUGAGUUAAUGCAGGCCCAGGAAAUUUCAAAUGAGUCCGUCAGUUCAGAAGCUGGAAUAGGGAAACCAAUCGAAGACAUUUCUGUUGGAGAUACAGUGGACCCUGGCCCAUCCAAUCCCGUUGCUGCUGUUGAUGUUAAAGCUAUAGUGGGGGUUUCUGCUAAUGCAAAUGUAAAUCAUUUGGGGGCAGAAGAAAUUCUGUUGCUUGAAAAUAAUUUGAACCACCAAAGUGGCUUGCUGCAAGAUUCAAAUGCUUCUAGAGAUGUGUCCCACCAGCCUUUGGAUAUGGGUUCCUGUUCGAACUUCAGUCUAGCUAUGGAAAACACACAUCACGCGACCAUGGAAUUCAAGUCUGUGGAGAAGUCCCCUGUUGUUUCAUUGCUGCAGGAAAAUAAACCUGCUACUGCUAAUUCUGUGUUACAAGACUCUGCUGCCAUACAAUUCAGAAAACUUUCAUCACAACUUGAUAUCCAGGAGGAAAGAGAUGAGCAGGGUCAAAAAUUGGUCAGUGGGGAUAAUCAUUUACAAAAUUUGCCGGGGCAAUGUUUGAUGAGUAGUAAUGAGUCUUCCCAGAUUCUUAGGGGUUAUCCACUUCAAAUUCCAACAAAGAGAGAGACAAAUGGGGAUAUUUCUUGCAGACCUCUGCCUGAAGUUCAAAGCCUUUCAACGUCAGAAAGGAAUGCUGGCAAUCAGUUUGUAGGUCAAGAUUGCUAUCUUCAAAGUUGUAACGUUUCACAAGAUCAGUACUCAGUGCCUAAGAUUCCACUUCUUUCCCAUCACACUGAACAAGGCAACGAUCAUUCAAGAGACCAGUCAAGGAGUUUGUCAGAAAUGGAAAAGCCAUGCAGGAAUGGGGAUGUUAAACUGUUUGGCCAAAUACUCACUAAUCCCUCGUCUUCACAGAAGCAGAAUCCUAGCAUUAAUGAGAACGUGGAACUGGGGACACAUUGUCCUAAGCCAGGUAGCAAGUCAUCAACUUUGAAAUUCACUGGCCAUCAAACAACAGAUGGGAGCUCUUCUGUCUUGAAGUUUGAUAGUAAUAAUUAUCGAGGCCUUGAGAAUGUUCCCGUGAAGAGUUAUGGCUUCUGGGAUGGGAACAAGAUACAGACUGGGUUUUCAUCUUUACCCGAGUACUUUUUGGCAAAGUAUCCUGCAGCAUUUGGCAAUUAUCAUGUGCCCUCAUUGAAAAUGGAGCAGCAGGCUUUGCAGGCUGCUGUGAAGUGUAAUGAUCAUAAUUUGAACAGUGUCUCAGUUUUACCUCCGAGGGAAAUAAGUGGUAGCAAUGGAGUUGUGGAUUAUCAUAUAUACAGGAGUCACGACAGUAGUAAUGUGCUGCCGUAUUCUGUAGAUAUGAAACAGCGGCAGGAUAUAUUCUCUGAGAUGCCAAGAAGAAAUGGGUUUGAUUCAAUCUCAAGUUUACAGGAGCAGGGAAGGGGAAUGGUAGGAAUGAAUGUUGUAGGAAGAGGGGGAGUUCUUGUUGGCGGACCAUGCACGGGUGUUUCAGAUCCAGUAGCCGCCCUAAAAAUGCACUACUCUAAAACUGAACAGUAUGGUGGGCAAAAUGGAAGCACUAUCAGAGAGGAGGAAUCUUGGAGAAGUAAGGGAGAUAUAGGCAGGUAGGAGUAGUGGUGAGAGGGCCUGUUGAAGAGGUCCUCAGCGGCAAAUUAUCUUUUUUUGCCGUGCCCUGUAUAAUAGUUUUUGUAUUGUUCAAUUGAAUGAUAGGGCAGUGGACGGUUCUCAAGUCCGUCUUUUUGGUAAAAAUAUAAUUUAGGUGCAAUGUAAUAUUGAAGCUGCUUUGUAUUUGUUGUAUUUGAUGGGAAUACAGAAAUAAUCUCUGAAAGUUGAGAGGGGCUUUGUCACUGUCCCUCGGUCA